AUGACCUCUAUAAAGGAGCAGGCAGCGAUCAGCCGGCUCCUGAGCUUCUUGCAAGAGUGGGACGACGCCGACAAAGGCCUCCGAACUCAGAUUCUCACCACGUUCAUCGAAACCAAUGAAGGCAAGACCGGCCCCGAGUUGGAGCUGGAGUUUUCCCAGGGAGCCAGUUUGUUCCUCAUACGAGUGACCACCUGGCUUAGAAUCAUAUACAUGACUGGCUUGGAUUUAGAGAAGAUCCUGCGGUCCAUUGGCAUCUUCUUAUCUGCUGUGAGCAGCAAUCGGUACCUGAUAGAAUUUCUUGAGAUUGGAGGUGUUCUAACGCUCUUGGAAAUACUUGGUCUAGAGAAGAUCAAGGAAGAGGACAAAAAGGAAUCCAUCAAACUACUUCAGAUUAUUGCAAACACUGGCAGGAAGUACAAGGAGCUCAUCUGUGAAAGCUAUGGUGUGAGAGCCAUAGCAGAAUUUCUGGCAAAGUCUAAAUCAGAAGAGACCCAGGAGGAAGUGCAGGUUCUGCUGGAUGCUUUGGUCCACGGCAACCCCAAGUACCAGAACCAAGUAUACAAAGGCCUAAUAGCUCUGCUGCCCUGUGGGUCCCCCAAAGCCCAGCAACUGGCCCUGCAGACUCUCAAGAUUGCCCAGUCAAUCGUUGGAGCGACACACCCUAGCAUCGUGGACUGUGUACUGGGGGUCCUGAGCACAAUGCACCUGGAGGUCCAGUAUGAAGCCAUCGAGCUGAUAAAGGACCUGAUCCACUACGACGUGCGCUUACCUCUUCUCAAGGGCCUUGUGUCCCUACUCAUACCACCAGUCAAGGAGACAUCCAAACUGCAGGCCAGGAUCUUCAGCGACUCUUCAAUUCUCCAGAUCACCACCCAGCUACCAGUGUUCCUGCAGCAGGCUGCAGCUGCCAAGACCAUUGGGAUCCUGGCGCGCAACGACUUGAACUUGGCAGAGGAGCUGCUGCGCCUGCGCGUCAUCCACGGCCUGAUGUCCGCCAUGGGUAACACUGACCACAGCAAUAGCCAGAGGCUGGCCAGCCUCACACUGGAGUACUUUGUGCAAAUGUUCCCACUGGUGGAGGAACACGUUCGCAAGUCCAUGGGGGAAGAACUCUACCAGCUCUUCCUUAGCGAUGCCGAGAUCUUGUACACAAAAAUAGAUAGCAUUCAAGCGGACAUCUUGGCAGCCAACAAAGUCAAUGUUACCAGAGUGUUAGACAGCUGCGACUGCAUCAACAACAGCUCCAUCAGCUUCUUCACCGGCUCAGAUGAUUCGAAUCAGACGGGACGCAUCAGCGACUUUGAGAAGCUUCAUUCAGAAUCCAAGGAGUGACAGAGCCCCCGUGGCAAACCAGGAAGGCCAAGGUUGUGCCUAAUGGAAGCCUGCCUGCCACGAGGGUGUCAUUGAGGACGGCGCCAUUUGGCCCUGGGUGGGAAGCUACGUUUUAGAAAAUGCA